AUGGUCUUGUUGUUUCAAAACCGAACAGGUUAUGUCUACUGCACCGAUAUUUACAAGGGUAUUGUGCAACUAUGUCCACCAGGUAGUCAAGUCAUAGAUGUUAUUGGUGGAUGUGCUAACAAAACAACCAACACCACAAUAUUUCCAGUUGGAUCUCGAUGUGCUUCAAAACCUUGCGGAGACAGGGGUGUUUGUUAUGAUUUUCCAUCAGCAGAUGGAUAUCAUUGUGAAUGUUAUCAUCCAUAUACAGGUCUUAAUUGUCAAACAGAAUACCGGCCAUGUCCUCUCUUUACAUGUGGUAAUAGAACAUCGAAAAUGCUUCCAAUGUGUCUAGAUUUUACAUCAGACAAAGCUCUUCCUCACGUUUGCAAUUGUUUGGUGAUCAAUGGUUCGGCAGAUUUGACUUUGGCACUCAAUGAUUGUCAUAAUGAAACGUUAUUCUCACUAGAUUGUGAUGGAGUAGAACGUGUUGGUGCAUUACCAUUCACUAAUAAAGGUUUCUAUGUUUGUACUUCUAAUAUGCUUAGAGGAAACGUGAGAUCGUGUGACUUGCAUCAUAUAUGGAAUGACACACAAAAGGAAUGUGUACCUGAAGAUACACCAUUGUAA